AUGCGACUGAAUCAGAAUUUUGUCAAGAAUGCACAGCACUUGACGGCAGACUACUGCCGGCAAAAUCGGAAGCUUAUUUUGGCCUGCGACAUGGACGAGACCCUUCUUACUGAAUCUGAUGACGAACAACACGUGAUCAUACGGCCAAAGGCCCUCUACAUGCUCAAAAACCUCCGAGUUUACUACGAACUCUGCCUAAUUACCUACUCCACCAGAGACCGAGCUAGACAGAUCCUGAAUAUGCGCCUUGAUCCAAAUGGCAAGCUAUUUAAUGGUAGGGUUCUUUGCCGGGAGGAUGUAAUGGCCGGAUUUACCAAUAAGCAGGAGGCCUUUUUUGCGCACCUCCCACAGGACCAUCGAAGAACUCGUGUCACUAAGGUGAGACAGGGUCUUCACGGGGGGACAAUUCGUCCCCCAGCCUGGCCCUAUGUCGUCAUCCUGGACGAUUUCCCGGCCGCGUGGUCAAACCUUGCCAGUUGUAUACCAAUAAGGCCGUUCUUUGUUGGUGCAGCCGCAGUUACUGCGGUUUCUGGAAGACCCAUGCCAAAGCUUCUUGCCGGUGAAUGCGGUUACGUAUUGAGCGUGCACAGAUUUCUCUGUAAAAUUCAUGCUAUCGUUUUCCCCAAACACAGUAUUCAGAGUCUGCCCUCAAAUGAAACAGCUCAGACUGCAGCAGAUGGGCAAAAGAGGGAGAAGAAACCGCUGGUCAAAACGAAAACAACUACGUCGCCGACCGCCUAUGCAACUCUUCUCAAUUUGCGUCGACGUAUAAACUCAAAUCAACGAUUUCGGAAUCUCUGUUACCUAGAUCCUGGCCAUAUGCUUAACCUUGACACUAAGCCUGUUGGUGGUUAUGGAGAACGUAGAGUUCAGUCGCUGUAUGCCCAACGCAUACCAAUUUCCUCGUUUGAGAGAAAACUUACGUGA